UCAUUUUCAGACUUGUUCGCCUUUUCUCGUUAGGCUACCAAUUCUAGACUGCACCUCCAUUCCAUUAAAAUCCCAUCUGUCUCGCGUCUCUCCAAGUGAAAAGGCUUUUGUUUCCAGUCUCCGGAAAACAGAGACGCCGCUCAAGGAGGGAGAAGGACGAGAACUCGAAGAAGAUGAUAAUACCAGUCCGUUGUUUCACCUGCGGCAAGGUAAUUGGGAACAAAUGGGACACGUACCUUGACCUUCUCCAGGCGGACUAUUCUGAAGGAGAUGCUCUUGAUGCAUUGGGUUUGGUUCGUUAUUGCUGUCGAAGAAUGCUCAUGACCCAUGUUGAUCUCAUUGAGAAGCUUCUGAACUACAACACUCUGGAUAAAAGCGAGGGCAGCUGAGGGAGGGGAGUUUACGGCGUUGCGAGGGACUUCAUUUGGUUGCUUUGUAUGAUAGGUUGGAGUAGUUUGAAUAUGCUUCUGGAUCACUGCCUUUAUGGUUGAACAAUGGGUUAUUACUAGUUCUGAAGACAAUAGUGAUGUACUUCUUUAGAAGAAAGAACUGAUCUUUUUGCCUUUUUACUUAUUGUGGAUUGUUUGUUCCUCAUAUAUGAGCUGCAUGUGAACUAAAUUUACAUAUUUCUGAAUUUGGAUAACCUCCUCAUUGCAAAA